AUGUCUAAAAUAUUAAUAGAUAGAGCACCGAAACUUUUACAACUCGAUAACGGAAAAGAAUUUUACAACACUAAUUUCGAUAAUCUGAUGGCCAAAUAUAACAUACACAAAUAUUCUACAUUUAGCAUCAUAAAAGCAUGUAUUGUUGAACGAUUUAAUCGUACACUAAAAGAAAAAAUGUUUAGAGAGUUUACGGCACGUGGCUCACACGAAUGGAUUUCAAUUUUACCAAAACUGCUUAAUGAAUACAAUAAUUCAAAACACAGAACUAUAGGAAUGACACCAGUGCAAGCAGAUUUAAAUCCUACGUCAGUGACUAUAAAACAACGUGAAAUUAAUAAUGAAAAAAUUAAAUUCAAAGUUGGUCAUAACGUUCGUAUCAGUGCACAAAAAGGUGUGUUUACAAAAGAUUAUAUGCCCAACUGGUCAACUGAAAUAUUUGAAAUUAUUAAAAUAAAUAAAACAUUACCCGUCACUUAUCAGUUACAAGAUUAUACGGGUAAACCGAUUGCCGGUUGUUUUUACUCGGCGGAAAUACAUAAAACCGAACACCCGAACGAAUAUCUGAUCGAAAAAAUUAUACGCAAAAAACAAAAUAAAAUGCUUGUCAAGUGGCUUGGAUUUGAUAACACACAUAAUAGUUGGAUAAAUACACUUAUUAAAAAAAAAAAAACACUUAUAAUGUUAAAAUAUAGUGUCAGUCGUAUUAUAGCUAUGAACGUGUUUGGAGGUUCUCAAGCUGGUGAUACUAAAAAAAUUAUAUCAGAUAUUCAGUCAAGUAAUAAAACAUUACAAAAUGAAAUAAAUAAUCAGCAGAAAGAAAUUCAUAUCAUAAAAAGUAAUGUUGUUCAUCUCCUAACGCUGGAAAAUCGCAUGUCAGAGCUGUUUAAUAAUUAUAUAGAAACAAAUACAACACUUUCUUUUAUACUUUCUUCUAUAGACAGUGUAAAUACCGAAAUAAAACGCAUAACGGUCAUGAAUGUGUUUGGUAGUUCACAAGCUGGUGAAACUAAAAAAACUAUUUCUAAAUUCGAUGACUCUAUAAAAAUAAUUAGAUUUGAAUUAAAUGAAAAAAUGAGUCAACUUGAAAAUAACACUAAGAUUAUUGAACAAAAAUUAUCAAAUAUCGAACAAUUAACCGAAAAUUUAAAAUUUAAAGUAUCUGAUCUGGAAGAUAAUGUGGACUACAUGAAAUCUCAAAUAUCAGAUCUUGUAGGAAAUGAUGCAGAAAAUAUCGCUGAAAUUAAGAAACCUAAGGAAUGA